GUAGCUGAAGCUGUAAAGGGUCAACAGGUUUGGGGGGGGCUGUGGUUAGGCCCUUCUCUCUACUAAUCUGUGACCAUUUUGUUAUGUUGAAGGGGGAGAGGUUUAUGUCAGUGAUGUAGGAGAUGUUCUGGAAAACAUGGGAGUAGCUGUCACAGAUAAGGAAUGUGUAGAGCUCGUAAAAAAUCUGCCAUUUAAUGCUAAAGGAAAAGUCUACAAGAAUAGGUUACUGGAUGGUUUGAAGUCUCUUAAUGGAGGGAUUGUUAAUGCCAACAAACUUGAUUCAGUUUUGAAAACCAUGGGAUGGAAACUCACAGAAGAUGAAAUUAAGGAUCUCAAAUGCAACCUGCCCACUGAUGUAUAUGGGAGAGCUACAAUGAAAAAGUUGUGUAGUGGAUUAAACGCUUUUACAGGAAAAAACAUUAAUGUGCAACAUCUAUCAGAUUUUGUGAGGAACAUGGGUAUUGAGCUAACAGAUAAAGAACAAAAGAGGCUGCUAAAGAAGCUUCCAGUUGAUGCUUCUGGGAAGAUCUAUCAAAAUAGAUUGUUGGAUGGUCUGAAGUCUUUCAAAGGAGGGAAGGUUGAAAGAAGUAAGGUCAAUACUGUUCUAGAAAACAUGGGAAUCGUGCUCACAGGAGAGGAGCUUCAAAGUCUAACAGAUAACCUACCAGUUAGUGAUAAUGGGAAGGUUGAUCUUGAUAAAUUGAUGGAUGGAGUGAAAACUCUCACAGCUAAUGGAAAAGUUGAUCUGAAUAAAGUGAUGGAUGGCGUGAAAGCUGUCACAGGAGAAAAUGUUGAUGUCAAUAGCGUUAAAGCUGUUCUGGGAAACAUGGGGAUCGAGCUCAAAGGUAAAGAAUGCUUGGAGCUGGUGAAAACUCUUCCUUUUAAGGAUGAUGACAAGAUCUUUCAAAACAGGUUGUUGGAAGUUGUGAUGUCUCUAAAAGAUGGGAAAGUCAAUGUCAACGACUUGAACGCAAUACUGGAUAAUAUGGGAAUCAAGCUCUCAGAUAAGGAACUUGAGGCUCUGACUCAAAAUCUCCCUGGUGAUGUUGAUAGGAGGACUUCUCCUAAAACACCGAUGAAGGAACUGCAAACUUUUACAGAUGAGAAGGUUGAUUCUAAUGACCUGAAAAUUUUCCUGGGAAGCCUGGGGAUUGAGCUCACAGAUCAGGAAAAAGAGAAGCUACUGAAAACACUGCCAUUUGAUGCUGCUGGAAAGGUAUAUCACAACAGGUUGCUAAAGGGUGUGAAAUCUCUCAAUGGGGGAAAGGUUCAUGUAAAUAACCUGGACAACACCCUUAAAAAAUUGGGACUUGAGCUCACGGAAGAGGAACUUGCAAAGCUGUCAAAAAAUCUACAAGUUGAUGCUAAUGGAAUGGUUGGUCUGAAAGAGGUGAUGGAUGGAGUAAAAGCUACUACAGGAGGGGAGGUUGAUGUCAAAGAUGUGAAAGCUAUUCUGAAAAACAUGGGAAUAGAGUUCACAGAUAAGGAACGUUUGAAGCUGCUGAAAAAUCUGCCUUUCAAUGAUGAUAACAAGGUCUUUAAGAACAGGUUGCUAGAUGGUGUGAAGUCCCUUAAAGGUGGGAAGGUCAAUAUGAACAACCUGGGCACUGUUCUGAACAACCUGGGGAUAAAGCUUGCAGAUACGGAACUUAAAGACCUGGCUGAAAACAUGCAUGUUGGUGUUGAUGAGAAAAUUCCUCUAGAAACACUGAUGGAAAACAUCACAGAUUUUACAGGUGAGAAGAUUGAAUCUAGUGAGCUAAAAAAUGUUCUUGGAAAUCUCGGAAUUGAGCUCACAGAUAAGGAACUAGAGAAGCUGCUGAAAAUACUGCCAAUUGAUGGUGAGUCAUACAAGUGUCUGUGGGAGCUUCCAGGGAAAUUAGAUUUUUACAGAUCUGCAUGAAAAUUUUCACUUCUUCUCAAACAUGAUGGAACAUUUUUAAAAAACUAAAAUGUAAGCUACAUCUUAAAACAGUAAGUGUCAUUUAGAGUUUAUUUUAGAAGCCAAGCAACUCCUCAGAUGUAAGUUGCCAUCAGAGCCAACAAAUGUCUACUGUCACCCUUCAGGGCUUAUACCAUAAGAAGGAAAAAGAGAGGGAUAAGCGGGCAAUGGAAGAAAUUAAAAAUAAAAGUCAGAAUUAAAAAGAAAGGAAAGAGAUAUUUGUACAGUACAGUAGGCCCACUCAAGGGGACCGGCUUAUCAUAUUGAAAAAGCCUUCUCUUCCUUAAUUUCACUGUUAUAUAAAGAUGAAAAUUUUAGGUGAAACAUUUUUUUAAAAAUUUUUAAUGUUUAUUUAUUUUUGAGAGACACAGAGUGAUAGAGCAUGAGCAGGGGAGGGGCAGAGAGAGAGAGGGAGACACAGAAUCCGAAGCAGGCUCCAGACUCUGAGUUGUCAGCACAGAGCCUGACGCGAGGCUCAAACUCACAAACUGCGAGAUCAUGACCUGAGCCGAAGUCAGACGCUUAGCCACCUGAGUCAUCCAGGCACCCCAUAAGUGAAAUAUUUAUAAUGGUACUACUGAGUUAUCAUCCACAUAUUGUACAAGUAACCCAAUAUAGCAUACAAUUAAGUGAAUUCUAAUGUAUUCACCACAUUCAUCACAACAAUCAAUUUUAGAACAUUUUUAUUAUCCCAGAAAGAUAUUCCAUACCUAUUAACAGUCACCUCCCAAUUUCUCCAUCUCCC